AACACAACACCCAAUGACCAAAGUAUUCAUUACUGGAGCCUCAGGUUUCAUUGCUCAACAUAUAAUCAAACUUCUCCUUGCCAGAAAUUAUGAAAUCAUCGGAACUGUGAGAACAAAAGCCAAGGGAGAACUCUUAAGAUCCUGUUUAUCACCAACCGACAAAUUCACCUAUGAAAUAGUGAGUGACAUUGCUGAACCAGGAGCUUUCGAUCACGCACUCAAGAAGAAUCCAGGUAUAACCUAUGUGUUCCACGCUGCAUCUCCCUGUUUUUUUGAGACCACAGAUCCAGAACACGAUAUUUUGAUUCCAGCCAUAAGAGGAACUGAAAAUAUCUUGCUGGCAAUUGUGAAAUACCAACCUGAAGUGCAACGAGUCGUGUUGACUUCGUCUGAUGCAGCCAUAUAUUCAAACGAAGACGAAAUUAAUUCUAAAUUGUCGUUUAACGAGAGUAACUGGAACAAUACCAAGUAUGAAGAUGCCUUGAAUGACGGUAUCACAGCAUAUUAUUGUGCUAAGGCACUUGCUGAAAAAUAUGCUUGGGAAUUCAUGCUUAAAAAUAUUCCAAGUUUUGGAUUGGUGGCUAUAAACCCGGUAUAUGUAUUUGGUCCACAAGCAUAUGGGGUCCCUGAGAACCUUAAUGCUUCCAAUGAAUUAUUCACAAAAUUGUUAAAUCUUGGUCCUGAUGAAAAGUUUGAUAAUGAAAUGGGUGGGUUUAUUGAUGUUAGAGAUAUUGCCAGUGCACAUGUUUUUGCCAUUGAUUCUAAAGAAGCAGUUGGUAGGAGAUUGUUAGUGAGUAAUGGACAAUAUAGCGCUCAAAUGAUCCUUGAUAUAAUUAACAAACACUUCCCUCAAUUGAAUCUUCCAAAGGGUAAUGAAGGAACUGGUGAGUAUGAUACUAUGAAUUUAGCCAGAGUUAAUAAUAGUGCUACAAGAAAAUUACUCAACCGCAGGUUUAAUUCCUUGGAAAAUAUCGUUGUUGAUACUGUUAGUCAACUUUUAGAUAGCCGCAAGAAUUCAAAAGCACAUUUAUAGAUUUUUAAAGUUGUCGUAAAUUAAAUUUAAUGAUUGUAAAUAUACAUGUAUAUGCAAUUAAUGUUCGCUAUGAUGAUUAUAAGUCAAGAAUGUAAUCAAAAUACCAAUGUCAUAAGUUGUCUUUAAACAACCAGCAAUGACAAAUGUAAUCCAUUGAAGACCUUUUUGGGUCAUGAAUCCCACAAUACUUGGUCCAAUGACUUGUGCUAAUGUUUUCACAACAUUAACAAAUCCAAAAACGGCAGUUCUGUCAGCAUCAGCCACCAAUGUAGCCAAAAACACGUGUUUUGGUGCUACAUCCAUAGAUUGUGUAGAGGCUCUAAUGACCAAUAUAGCCAUAGUCAUGACAAAUGACGAUGGAAAUGGAACAAAUGUCAACAACAUAGAAGCAGGAAGAUGCGUAGCAACCAUGGUUACCACUGCACCCCAUCUCUUGGUGAGUGAUGUACUGAAUAAUGACGUAAAUGCACUAACUAUACCGGUGGUAAAGAAAACCGAACCCAAGUAAGUAGUUGGUAUAUCAAAUUUAUUCUUAAGGUAAAAAGAAAUCCAAGAUGUAGGUGUCAACGAGGAAGCAAAUGCAUCAAGUCCAAACAAAAGGGACAACUUAAGCACGAUCAAGUAAGUAUGAGGGCUAAGGUGUGGUAAUAAUCUGAACAGCAGGAGCUUGGACUUUGUUGGAACUUCGGGUAUCAAUUGGGUAUUUUCACUAUCGGAUUCAGAAAUUGGUUCCGUCUUGGCAGGCUCAAGGUUACUUGAAAGAAAUAUGCAUAGCACAAAGGAAAUCAAGGAAAGCAAAGCAUAUGCCAUAAACACACACUUAUAACUAAACACUAAUGAAUAUCCAUAGGUUUCAUUCACAGUAUGGACCAAUGCACCAGCAAGGAAGCUUCCAAACGCGCCACAAAACAUUCCAAGGAAAGUAUACCACGCGUAAAUAUCCGAUCUGUCACGAUGAGGAACCAAUGAAGCUAUCGAGCUUUGUUCUAUCGUCCUGAACGGACCAACUUCGACCCCCAGCGGGGUUAGUAUACCCAAAACUGCCACUACUGUUAGCACAUAGAAAUUGUCCACAAAACUGAAUACUAUUCCUGUUAAUGCCAUCAUGAGUGAACAAAGAAUAAGCAUUUUCUUACGUCCAACUUGAUCUGCAAUGAUAGCAAGCAAGAAUGAGGAAACCAAAUCACCUAUAAAUGUGAGGGUCAUGAAAAACCCAAUAUAUUCUUCUGUUAUAUUCAAUGCUUUCAUGUAUAAUGCAAGAAUUAACGAAGUUGCACCAAAUCCAAUCAAUCGAAUCAUUCGAAGAGCAAUGAUGAUUGCAACGUCAGAACCUGCUUUGGAUACGGUGACUAUUCCCACUUCAUCCAUUAGGACAUUUAUAAAUUUGGGUAUUGUGUACCUCAUUCUGUGAUGUAUUGUUGUAUAUUUAGUCUAUAGGUCUAUGUUGAAAGGAGAUCUUUCAUGAGAUAUAUAGGGGAUAUAAGUUGUGGG